GCAAUUUGAUUUGUUAGAUUGUAAAGUAUGUACGCGGGAACAUUGUCAGUGUCUACUAUUAUAAUUUAAUAUUGUCAAAGAGAAGGAUCUAGGAAGAGAUGUCUUGUGUGAGUGCGACUAGUCAGUACCUGUCUGCCAUCAGCCGAGGUCAUGUGCAGCUCAUUCUGGGCCCAAUGUUUUCUGGGAAAACGACGGAGCUGAUACGACGGAUGCGAAGGUUUCAAGUGGCUAAUUAUGCUUGUCUCAUUGUCAAAUACGCCAAGGAUGAUCGCUAUAGCAACCAGGAUGUGUCAACCCAUGAUCGCCAGAUGACCCACGGUAUUGCAGCUACUUUACUCAGAGACAUAAAGAGUCAAGCACACAAGUUCAACGUGAUUGGCAUAGAUGAAGGCCAAUUCUUCCCAGACAUUGUGGACUUCUGUGAGGAGAUGGCCAAUGCUGGAAAGACAGUUAUAGUAGCAGCCUUGGAUGGAACCUUUCAGCGGAAACCAUUUGGACCUAUCUUGAACCUUGUACCUCUGGCUGAGAGUGUUGUCAAGCUCAAGGCGGUGUGUAUGGUGUGUUACAAUGAUGCAGCCUUCACCAAAAGACUGGGUACUGAACAAGAGGUGGAGGUGAUUGGAGGCACAGACAAGUACAUGGCCGUGUGUAGGACGUGUUACAGCUUGCCGGACACACCCACUCUCUCAGCUAAAGAGAUCACUCCAGUGCGUGGAAGUGCUCAACUGACUAAUGGAAGACAUCUCUUCUCUAAUGAACAAUUACACUAGAACUAAUUAUAAUUACUCUUAUAAGCACUUGAUUUUAUUUCCUCUUUUAUACAUUUAAUAACUUAGAACUAUGAUAAUAAUUAUAUUGAA